AUGUCUGACUCCGCAGCGUUCAACUUUCCUCGAGAUGAUGAGCUAUCUGUCCCCAGACCACCUCGCAGUUUACGACCAGUCUUUCGCAGGCUUGGAGCCUGUGGAGACCGCGAGCUACUCAACUACUUGAGCAGCCGCCGCAUUUCGCCAGGCUUUUUGAUCGAGGUUGAUAUGCUUUUGAGAAACUAUCCCGAGCUCGAACACCAUGCCCCGAGGUUUGUCGAAGAGUUCAAUCGUACGUCGCCGCUGAAUGCGUACCUUCAUUUCUUGAAAGGCUUCACGCGUCCUUGUCGCUACCUCCCUGGUGUUAUCCCCGAAGUUGACUUCACCUUGGACGAGAACUGCCAUAUCACCCGCAUCGUUGACAAGCGUGAUCAAGAACUCGAGGAUUUCUUUCGUGACUACGAGUAUCGCUUCGAUAUCCUGGAGACCAUUGACCGGGAGGUUCUCUAUUUCUGUUCGAUUCUUAAGGACGGCGGACGUAUCUCCCGCAACCAGCGCAUGCUCGUUGCGUAUCACCUAUGGGGUCAACCUGUCGAUUGCUACAAGUGGUACGAGUACAAUUACCAGACAGAAUGGCUUGCCCACCGAUAUCUUCCGGAGCAUGUCGUGCUCUCGAAUAUUCCUAAGGACCCUGGUUACGUCGAGCCCCAUCCAUAUGUCUUGGCGGGACCAGGUCGAAGCCGCAAUGAUGUUGUGCGCCGCUACAAAGAUAUCCGCAAACAAAUGGCAAUGGCCUGUGACCAGGGAGUAGACGUGAUAGACGUGCUGCUCGAGGGGUUUACGAGAGGCUUGGCAAGGAAGGGGUUGACUCGACAGCAAAUAUCGGAUGCGAGAAAGGCGGCAAUUCAGGCCCUAGAUGAAGAAAGAGUCAAUGGGACAGGCAAAGAUAUCGUAGACUUGGUAAUGGAUAGCGCAAAAGCGGUCCCACUUCAAGCCCCAGGACAUGAGAAGACUCUACUUUUGGCGGCUCUAGCCAAUCAAACAGUCUUGCCGAACUUCAGCUUCAUCACACCGAAUAUGACAGCCGAGGCUCAUAUGGAUCAGUACCAAACGAAAUUCACUACCCGUUGCAGAAGUACGAAGAAGUUGAAGCAGUCAAGAGUACCAGCGCCGAACAUAAGCAAGUCGAUCAAGAAACCCCCAAAAAAGCGAAGAAGAUGCCAUGCAACCUUGCAGCGGACUGAACGAUGUUUAUCGUCAAGAGUCGGCCAUGGAUGUUCUCGAUAGAGAUGAGUAACAUAGAGUCUUUAAAAGUCGUGGCCGCCGGGAUCGCGAUUCUGUCAAGACAAUUUUAGACUUCAUGAGAUGUGGCGGUAUAGCAGGUCCGGAGACAACCAGUCUGGAGCUCGAGCAUCCCUAUUCGAAGGAGUAUCUAAAUCAAACUAUGCAUGUCGAAGCCGACAAGCGUGAUGUGAGGCUAAGUUACGAUUUGCUCCAUCUACUCCCACCGUUCCUGCGUUGAGGUCGGUCGGCUGAACGUGUCCACCUCUUCGUUUCGAGCACUUGGUGGAUUUCUUAUACGACUGUUCGGUCUCAUUUCAAUGCCAUCAUGAGACUCAUAUACGAAUAGUCUCUUUCCCAUCUGUGUCCAAGAGGUAAAAGGAAACCUCAGAGCCUUAGGAG